UCUUCUCAUCCCUGAUGAAACACAGCUGCAUCCAAUCGAUUUGAUCGGUCUCUGGGUCCAAGAGAGGCUGGGCCUGGGAAACACUGGCAGAUCAGCUGGGGCUGGAAUUUAAAUGUGCCUUUAGAUGUGGUGAGGUCUGCAGCAGCGAGGAAAAGCUGCUUUAACUUACAACAGGCUGCAAAGGAGAAGCUGUAAUGGAACUCAUAACCAAUACUGUGGCCACUGUUGGUGGCCUCGUUACUGGUGUCAUGAAUUUCUUCACUGAUAAGUUUCUCACGCCGCCGCUGAAAGCCACUCUCAAGUAUUUAGAGGAGGCUGAACUCAAAACAACGAAGGGAGAAAUAAAGACUUUCAAAGCCAAGUCUCUGUGGGACAAGUCUGGGGCUGUCAUCAUGGCAGUCCGGCGUCCAGGAUGAUUUUUGUGCAGAGAGGAGGCUGCAGGGCUGUCCUCUCUGAAACCCCAGCUGGAUGAGCUCGGGGUUCCUCUGUACGCUGUGGUGAAGGAGGAUGUCGGCACCGAGGUCGAGAACUUCAGGCCGUACUUUAAGGGGGAGGUCUUCUUGGAUGAAAAGAGGUGCUUUUAUGGGCCUCGUGAGCGGAAGAUGGGUCUCCUGGCAUUCUUGCGUGUUGGAGUGUGGAUGAAUGGCCUGAGGGCCUUCAGGAAGGGCUUCAUGGGAAAUGUUUUUGGAGAGGGGUUUGUUCUUGGCGGGGUCUUUGUGAUUGGGCAAGGACAGCAGGGGAUCCUCCUGGAGCACAGAGAGAUCGAGUUUGGAGAUAAAGUCAACGUUGAUGAUGUUCUCCAAGCAGUCAGAAAAAUACCACAGGAGCUGCAGUCUUUAGAAAAGAAAUAAUUCUUUAUCACUCCUACUGCUUCUUUAAAUCUGUAAAAAUCAUGUUCUUGAACAAAGAACAGGAAAUCUACAGCCACAUAUGAAGAUCUGAAUGUUAUGAGAGUUUGUAAGGAGCACAUUAGACUUGUGAAUUGAAUUUGCUGGUCUCUCUGAGAUGAGGGUGCAGUAUGACUGUUCUGAGCGUGUUAAUGAUGGUCUGUCUUUAAACUCAGCAGAGGAAGCAGACUUGAUG